AUUAGUAUUUGAAUAAAUAAUUCAAAAUGUAUAAGCCAAUAAUGCUGUAUUUAAGAAAUUCGACGGUAAGAACAAUCAGUGAUUUGUAUACUAAAAGGACAUGCCAAAAAUAUAUUCAAGUGAUUAAUGUAGAACAAAAACGUUAUAAGUACACACAGUAUAAAGGAGUUAAAGGAAUCCGAAGUAAAAAAAGUAUAUAUAUAGCAAAGGAAAAUGUAAACUUCGAAGAAGUUACGGAAAGUAAUCCAGUAGAAUCUUUAAAUUUGCAAGAUCGAGAGUAUGAUGAGGUAGCAAAUGUGACAAUGAAUAUUUCACGAAAUUGUAAUGCUGUACAAAACGUUCUUAUUUUACAACCUUACGUAAAAUGGGGUCCUAAUCGGAAUAAGCAAAGAACACCAGAUGAACAACUCGAAGAAGCUGAGGCAUUAGUUCGUUCAUUACCUAAUUGGAAUAUAGCUUCAUCGAUUAAGGUACCCAUAGAAUCCCUAGAUAAGAAGACGUUAUUUGGCUCGGGUAAAAUAGAGGAACUUAAAAAUUUAGUGAAAAAUGCUAGACAAUAUAAUAAUGAACAACCUCUAACAUGUGUGUUCGUUAGUAAGAGUUCACUUUCAUUUGUACAGAAACGUUUCUUAACUGCUGAGUUAAAUUUACCAAUUAUGGACCGAUAUUCGGUAGUAAUACAGAUAUUGCGAUUACAUGCUACAAGCGCAGAAGCACGUCUACAAGUAGCUAUGGCAGAGUUACCAUAUAUAUGGGCGCAGGCUAAGGAUGAUAAUUUGUCUAUUUCUCGUAAACAAGGUUACUCUCUUACUGAUAUACAACGUGAACUUUUGAAGUCACGUGAGCGGAAAUUAAAACUUGAACUCGAAUCGAUUAGACAUCACAGGAAGCUACUACGUAAAAAACGGAAACAAAAUAAUUACCCAAUUAUUGCUGUAAUAGGCUAUACGAAUGCUGGUAAAACAUCGUUGAUAAAAGCUUUAACUAAUGAACAUAAAAUGCAGCCACGUGAUCAAUUGUUUGCAACUUUAGAUGUAACUGCACAUUCUGGUGUUUUGCCUUGCAAUCUAGAAGUUAUAUACAUGGAUACUGUUGGAUUUAUGUCGGAUAUCCCUACUGGUCUAAUAGAAUGCUUUAUUGCAACUUUAGAAGAUGCUAUGCUUGCAGAUGUUAUUAUACAUGUUCAAGAUUUAGCACAUAAUUGUUGUAAAGCACAAGCACAACAUGUUGAGGAAACAUUAAAAUCUUUGGUUAAUAAUAUUUUAUCAGAUGAAGCAGAAAGGAAUUCAUUACCACCAAUUAUUAAUGUUGGUAAUAAGAUUGAUUUAGUACAAGUUCCAGAAAAACUUAAUCAAAAUAUGAUAUCUGUGUCAUCGACAAAGCAGACUGGUUUACACAGUUUGUUAACUGAAAUUGAAAAACAAAUUCUUUUGUCAACUAAAAGGAAAAAAAUUACUAUAAAAGUUUGUAAUGGAGGAAAUGAAAUGACGUGGCUUUAUAAAAAUGCUGCUGUUGUCAGAACACGUGCAGAUGAAACAAACGUUCAAUAUUUACUAAUGGAUGUAGUUAUUGCUGACAAAGCUAUGUCACAGUUUCGGCGAUUAUUUUGCGAAUAAUAUAUUGGAAAAGGUUUGAAUAAUUUUACUUCAAAUCAAUGUAGAGUAUUAAUUAUAAGACAAAUUUUUUUGAAUGUAAAGUAUAGUUAAUUAAAAAACGGAUUAUAUGAUUAAGAAAAACGUCAUAUAAUGAAUUAAUAUAUAUACAUAUUUCUUGCACAUUUUACGAUAAUUUUAAAAGGUCAUAAAAUUAUUAUUUUUUUAAAAUAGUUUUAAAUCAGUUUAUUAAAUUUAAAAUUUAUAUUUUAUACAGAAAUUAACAUUAAUGUAAUUUUUUUAAAUUUAAAUCGGAAAAAAUAUUUCAAAAUAUAAAACAUUUACCAUUUAAAAAUAAAUUAAAACAUAUAUGUGUGUUGCUAAUGUGAAUUUGGUAUUAAAUUAUUAUUUUGCGAAUCUACACAUAACUACUAGGAGUAAAGAAAGGUGUCUUCAGCAAAGAGAAUGUAACGUUCAAAUGCGAGUCGAUUAUAUUGACAUGUAUUAGUGACUAGUCGUCACGUUGUGGUAAACGCUCGAUUCGGGAUUUAUAUGUAAGUCCGUAGAUCUGAUGUCUCAAGGCGGUUUAACACUACUUUUGAUGAAAACGUUUUGGGAGUCUUACCAUAAGCAAAACAGCCAUAGAACUGAACUGUUUGUUUAUAAAUAAAAAAUUUGUUAUAGCAGUAAUAACAAAUUUAUUAGU